UAUGACAUCUUUUGUCUGUCAAUUUUAUUUCGCGUUAGACCCGAAAAAUGGAAGAAGCUGUUGCUGUGAAACACGAAGGGAAAAAUAUUGAUAUAAAGCAAGAAAAUUUAGAUAGUUAUAAGUACGAGUUUGACUCUGGAAGCCAAGACAGUAGCAAAAGUGGUAGUGGUGGUUACCAGAGAUGGGCGCCCAAUUUAAAUGGCGUGAGAAAAAGCGCUUUUACGCCGUACAAAUCUGUCCAGUGCACAGCUUUGACGAAUUUACAAAGAGGCAACACGCAGGCGCGAGUUCCAGAAUUGCCCCAGCCAGACAGUAGCUUACAUGCUAAAGCUGGCCGCGGAGAAAUAACGCGCGACGACCUGAAACUGGAGCAAUAUGCCGAUAUUACGGACGAACACGGACUCACGGCUCUGCAUUGGGCUGCUAGUUAUGGCCAGUUAAACAGUUGUCAAGACCUUGUAUGGAGUGGUGCCAACGUCAACAUGAGAGGGCCUGAAGGAGAGACCGCUCUUCACCUGGCUGCAGCCGGCGGACAUCAUGAGGUUGUGAAAUUUCUGUUGACUGAAGGUGCUGAUGCAGACAUACAAGAUGAUUCUGGCAGUACUGCACUAAUGUAUGCAGCUGCCGCUGACUUCCCCUAUACCUGUAAUGAGCUUCUUGUCCGAGGAGCUGAUCUCACUCUCACCAAUGAUUAUGACCAAGAUGCUUACACACUCACCACAACUAAUAAUUGUAAAUUGGCACAAACUGUGAUAGAGAACUUCUUGAUUGGCUGCCUCAGUAAGAUGUGAAGGAACUUGGAGUGGAUUCAUUAUGUUGCUUUGGACAACCAAGGAGUUUCAGUUGCAUCCAUAGUGUUAAAUGAAAUACAGGGAUUUAGUUUUUAAUGUAAAUGUAUUAAAUAUAUAUUUUUAAGUUCAUUAUAUACAAACAAUGUGAUGUGACCAUUUAAGUAUAACUCAAUUACAGACAAUAUCAGAUGUAA